AAGUUGAUACAGGUUUAGUUAUGUCAAGUGAUUUAGUAUCAAACCAUAAAGCAAACUAUAAGGCAAGUCAUGAGACAAACUAUGAGACAAGCUAUAAGACAAACUAUAAGACAAGUCAUGAAGCAAACUAUAAAGUAAACUAUGAGACUAACUAUGAGACUAACUAUGAGACAAAUGAUAAGAUAAACUAUAAUACAAACCACAAGAUUUCAGUAACUACUACUAGUUCUAAUUAUGGGUUUAGAACUAACAAUAAAAAGUUAUUGUCAGCUGUUUGA